UGUGUGUGACUGUGUAUCGCAAAUUUGUAAAGCAUAAAUGGGAAAUUUCGCGAAAACGUUCUGCCGGCUUUGCCGCAAUGUCAUAGGUGAUGGAAAUUUUAAAGUAAUAGAAGAAACUAUUAAAGAAGUUCUAGAGGUCCUUCUCUUGAAACUGUGUGCGGAAGAAAAAACAGAGCCUGUAAUAUGCAUUGCUUGUUCCACUACAGUAUUGGCGGCAUUUCAGUUCAAGGCAACCUGUACGGACACGGAGGAUAGUAUUUUUCCUUACGUUAAUUCUGAAAACAUGGCAUCUGUUGAUUUAAGAGAGAUUUAUCUCAAGAUACGGGGUAAAGAACAUUUGAGAGCCAUAUUGGAAGAUGAGAGAAUUUGUCGAUUGUGUAUGCAGAUGGACACCUGUGGAUUUACAUCGGUAGAGGAUGUGGAAAUUGACAUAAUCCAAAAAUGUAUCCCAGAAAUAAAUUUUAAUUCCACCAAGGAGCCGGUAGUAUGUGCAGGUUGUCUGGAUUCUCUGAACGCACACAGCAGUUUAAUAAAAAAGUGUCUAGAUGUUGAGGAACAAAUAAAAAAUUUUCAUGGAGACAAAGAGAGUCUGUUGUGUGCUAAGACUGAUGAGAUUGAAAUAAAAUCUGAGGAACCCGAUAACGAUAGUGACUCUGCUCUCCGUAAUGAUCACGAAUGGACCAUCCAGCGCACGGGUAAUUUAAAACAUCAGCCCAAACACAAAAGCCCAUCUGAGGUGCAAAUGUACCACUGCAAUACAUGUGACUUCAAAACUAAAUAUAAAGGGUCUCUCACAAAUCAUUUACUGUCACACGAAGAUUAUUCCAAAGAGUCGAUAUAUGAAUGUCAGUCUUGUUGUAUGAAGUACAGGCACAAAAGUAGUCUUUCGCGCCAUAAGCUAAUUCACAUACCCAUUAAUAAAAGAAAAAAGUAUGAAUGUAUAACAUGCGGCUUCAAAGCCAAACGUAAGGACUACCUUACACAACAUCAGCUCAGACACGAAAGUCUGACCAAGGUGCAAAUGUACAAGUGUGAUACGUGCAACUUCAAAACCUAUCGUAAGGUCUAUCUCACACGACAUCAGCUCAAACACAAAAGCCCGUCUGAGGUGCAAAUGUACCACUGCAAUACAUGUGACUUCAAAACUAAAUAUAAAGGGUCUCUCACAAAUCAUUUACUGGCACACGAACAUUAUUCCAAAGGGUCGAUAUAUGAAUGUCAGUCUUGUGGUAUAAAGUACAGGCACAAAAGUAGUCUUUCGCGCCAUAAGCUAAUUCACAUACCCAUUAAUAAAAGAAAAAAGUAUGAAUGUAUAACAUGCGGCUUCAAAGCCAAACGUAAGGACUACCUUACACAACAUCAGCUCAGACACGAAAGUCUGACCAAGGUGCAAAUGUACAAGUGUGAUACGUGCGACUUCGUAGCAUGCAAUAAUUACAUUCUCACACGGCAUCAGCUCAAAAACACAAAUAUCCGUCUGAGGUGCAAAUGUACCACUGCAAUACAUGUGACUUCAGAACUAAAUAUAAAGGAUCUCUCAUAAAUCAUGUACUGUUACACCAAGAUUAUUCCAAAAAGUCUAUAUAUAAGUGUUAGUGGUGCUAUAUGACGUACAAGCACAAAAGUAAUCUUUCGCGCCAUAAGCUAAUUCACAAAGACAUUUCUAAAAUAAGAACGUACGAAUGUGUAACAUGCGGCUUCAACACCAAACGUAAGGACCACCUUACACGACACCAGCUCAAACACAAGCCCAGUCGAGGUGCAAAUGUACCAUUGUGAGACACUUGAUUUCAAAACUAAACAAAAGAAGCACCUUUCAAGACGUCAGUUGAUACACAAAUAUUAUGUAAAGUAGGGAUGUGAGAUUUUCGUUAUUCAGGAAUAUUCAAUAAACAUAAAAAUGUGAGUUAAUUCACUUUGUUGAAACCGAUGUCAUUUGUGACGUCUAAAUGCAGUUUCAUGUCGGCCAUGUUGAACAUUUCAGGAAAAAGUAUCAUAUUAUGAACUUCCAUGGACAUCAUACAAAAAUUUCCUGUGAG